AUGGCUGAGGACCAAGAGCAUUCCCAGCAGCAGUGGGGAGUGAGUCCCCCUGUGUCCCUGUCGAAAGCCACGCCUAAAGAUAUUGCUGCUACUGAUGUUAUGAUGAAGGUAUUGGAUGAGGAAGCACCUCCAGCCAGUGAGGAGGAGAGGCAGCUCCACAAAAGGGUGUUCGAACUUAUGUCAAGAUUGGUCACCGAGUGGGGAAAGGAGUAUGCAUUCUCCACUGGUUUGAAGGAGGAGGACUGUCGUUGUGAACUGAUGGCGAUCGGGAGCGCUAGACUGGGCUUGCAGGACCCCUCUAGCGAUAUCGAUUGUGUGGUGGUUGCGGCUCAUAAGGUCACCCGCGAUGCCUUCUUUGAGCUGUUUCCUUUGAAGCUAUCAGAACUGAACGACGUGACUAACCUGAACCCAGUACCCCAAGCUGCCGUUCCUGUUAUCAAGAUGAAGUUUAUGGGCGUAGACGUGGACGUGCUCUAUUGUGGCUUAGCCCAUCCACUGAGUGGACCAGCGAUAGACCCAGCUGAUGAUAACCUGUUGUGUGGUAUGGAUGAGAAAUCAGCACGGAGCAUCAACGGUGUUCGAGUUUCUGAUGCUAUCAAAGCUUGCGUACCACAUUUCGCCCACUUCCUAGGUGCCCUGAGGGUGAUCAGAGCCUGGGCUCGUAGACGUGGGAUAUACAGCAACGCCCUUGGAUACCUCGGAGGAGUCAGCUGGGCGAUAUUAGUAGCAAGAGUCUGUCAGCUCUUCCCCAAUAUGGGGCCGUCUCAGCUGGUGGUUCGAUUCUUCCGUGUGUAUUCACGUUGGAACUGGGAUCCCUCGGAGGGUGCUGUAGUUCUACGCCACUCCGAGCAACGGAAUGGGGAGGGCUUUCAGCAUCAUAAAGUCUGGUGCCCUCCUCCCAAGAGGACCACCACGGACCAACCGCUGCCUCUCGCGGCCUCUCCAAUGGCUGUGAUAACCCCAGCGUACCCGUCCAUGAACUCCACCUUUGGGGUUACUAGAAUGACUAUGGACACCAUCAAGAAGGAACUCGAGCGUGGGGCUGGAAUAAUAUCAUCUAAAGGCGUCGACUUGAGAAGUAGAGAAUGCUGGGAGACGCUACUUGAGCCAAUCCAUUUCUUCGAUUACGAUCAGGGAGGGUACAAGCAGUUCCUUCAGAUUGAGAUCGGUGGAGCAAGUGAAUUGAGCCAUAAGUCCGCGGAGGGGUUGGUGAAUUCCAAGUUGAAGCCUCUGUUAUUGCGAAAGAUGCCCGAGGUCGCUCCGGAAGAUACCAACAAGGCCCCAUAUAGGGCGUGGACUGGUGCAGUAGCGCUCGAGGAUCCCUAUAAGGAGUACCCCUACUGUUCUGCAUUGUUCGUGGGCCUGUCUAUUCCGCCUGGAAUGGAUCUGCGACCAGCGGUUAGAGAAUUUAUGGAGCGACUGGGGAUCGAACUUGCGACCCAAAUGCCUGAAUAUAAGGCUGGUGGCAUGUUCGAUGUGAGGGUGCGUCACGUUGCGGGUCCGUCUCUCCCAAACACUGUCAAGUGUUUGACGGCAAAAAGAAAGGCAGAGGAGGGUUUACCAGAGGACGCUGAUGUUAAGGCUAAGAAAGUUCGUUCCACGUGA